AUGGCAGAAGUAAACAUGGAUGUCAGUGAAGGUGCUAAAAAUGACCCUUUCACCAUAAUGUCUGAAUCAGUAAGAGACAAAACCAAAAUAGUGAUAUCAUGUCGUAACAACCACAAACUAGUAGGAAGUUUAAAAGCAUAUGAUCAUCAUUGUAAUAUGAUAUUAGAAGAAGUUAAAGAUAUUUGGAGUGAGCCUAUCAAGAAUGGGAAAGGUGAAGUUGUAGACACAAACGCUAGAGAAAGAUACAUACAUAAGAUGUUUUUAAGAGGUGAUACGGUGGUAGUUGUCAUGAAAUUGUAA